ACCCCCAGGGGAGCGCGCAAAAAUAAAAGAAAAGAAAAAUAACAAUUCAAGUGUAGCAAGCGAAAUCGUUUGGCCACGCCUCACCGCAGCCGGUUCCUUCGUUCGUUCGUUCACGGCUCAUCCGCUUCCCGUCCGCCAUAUGCUCUUCGUCCAAACGUCGUCGAUCAGUCGGUUACCAGUGUCGCAACAGAGUGGUCGACUUGAAAUCUUCAUCAAUCUUUCAAGUAUACUUUUAAUUAAAAUUUCCCCCCCUCUUUCUUCCGUUCGGGAUUGUUUUUAUCGAUUAUUGCACACGAGCGUCUUGGCAUUUCACCGAUUCACAAUCAUGGCUUUCAAAUCUGGUAAGGUAGAGACGGUGAGUAUCUCGGAGGAAGGAUCGUCCAGCCCGCCUAAUUGGUGUUUCUUCGGCUGGCUCCUGGCUCUGACUCAACUCCUGUUGCACGGCGCCCUCGGCCUGGUCCUCUUUUGGGUCAUCUACUAUCUAGGCGGAUUCGGAUGGCAAGAUCAACCCAAACUGGAAUUCAACUACCAUCCAGUCCUCAUGAUUGGAGGAUUCGUCUACCUGUCUGGAAAUGCUCUAUUGUCGUACCGUUCGUUCGGCUGCUGCCGCCACAUCUACAAGAAAUUAUUUCAUACGGUGUUCCACAUUUUGGCCGUGCCGGCCAUCGUCAUGGGUUUCAUCACCGUGUGGGAUUCUCGCAACUUGAGCGUUCCUCCCAUCGCCAACUUCUGGAGCCUCCAUUCAUGGAUGGGUCUCACGACCAUGGGCCUAUUCGCUAUCCAGGUAGUCAGGACGUUGGUUGUCGGAUUCUUCAGCUUCUUGAUCCUGUUGUGCUGUGAGGCUAGGACCGCUGCCUUGAGGGCAGCCUUGGUUCCGGUGCACGCUACAUUUGGACUCAUCACUUUCCUUAUGGCCAUCGCUACUUGCCUGACUGGCAUCACAGAAAAGGCCAUCAACAGCCUGGGGGCAAAGUACAGGGAUCUUGGUGACGAAGCCAUUGUAGUUAAUGUCCUUGCCGUCACCUUGCUGGCCCUGAUGAUAUUGAUGCCAGUCCUCCUGCUCUUUGAUAAAUUCCGUGCACGACGCAUCCAUGUUGUUGCAGUCCAUGGCCUCUAAGAAUCCGUUGAAAGCAAAGCGACGUAUACAUAUAUAUACCUCUCAUUUAUUAUGUGGACAGUUAUUUUCUUUUAUACUGUAAAAUGGUUUGCAAAUCAGGACACCGAAACAACAACCACAUUUGCCUAAUAUUUAAUAUCAAUGGUCAUUUGAAAUGCAUGAAGAGGGUUUUUUUUCUCUCUUUCACUAUCUCAUACAAUACCUUAAACAACAAAUGGGUGUACCUGGUUCUCCCCUUUUUAAAUAUUCAUGGCUAGAAUGUUGCCUCGUUGCCUCACAAAACACGUUUUCUCUCACAAUUCUCCUUUCGUCUGCUUUGAUUCCCAUGGCAACGACAACUUUUUGGCGCCAAAAGCUCAAAAAAAGCUCCAAACGCCAACAGUUAUGUUUACCGUUGGGUUAGCCUUUCAACUUUUAUUUUAAAAAGCGGUUGAGGAUUUUUAUUUCUCAUAACUUUAUUUUUAUGAUUUCCUUCCUUUUUUUUCCCUAAUUUUAACUAAUUGAAAAUAACCUGCUUUCAACACUUGUGAACAAAACAAUACAACAACCACUACAGAGACUGGUACACAGCAUUCCCACCCGAAGGAUUGGUUGUCAAUGUUUUGGGAGCCACACUGAUGGGACUUGCAAUCCUAAUGCCGGUGCUGAUGCUUAUUCGGUGCCAACAUCGCGGGCCGUCGUCCAUCUCAUCUCAUUCUAGCGGCGAUCACGACGAGGAAUCUGAGAGACUCUAAUUUGGCUUAUUUGUCCAAACACAAUCUCCUUCGCGUAAACACACACACGCCACAAAUUGCAUGUCUUAUUAGUCUGUUAUAUUUCUUUCGUACAAUCACAGCUUCUAGCAAAACUGCUACUGUUGAUUUCUCUAUUCAUCAGACCGCCAUUUUUCAGUAACAACAUUUUUUACUUUCUCUCUAAUAGUUUUCCUGUGUCUGGUUUGCAUGUUUGGGUGUAACAACUUUCACUAUAAAACAAAAAAGCAGGUGAUUGUUCUCUUAUUAAUCAUAUAAACACACAUACACAGCAGCUUCUUCAUCAUGUACAUAUUUUCUCUUUAUACCAACCUGCUAUUGUCAUCCAUUUUAAUGAUUUAGUUUCCCGACCAUCAUGCCACGUACCCACCAACUCGUUUGUUAUUUCCUUUUUCAUUUCGAACUUUAUUUCUAUCUCUAUUCCCGUUUACGAAAUGAGUUCUAUGGAAAAAUAAUAAUGGCUGACUUUUUGAGAUUAAAAUACAAAUCACUAUCACACGG